UGGAGUAAACGCUACAACUUUAAAAUUCAUAUAAUCGAGGAAAACUAUGUUUCUUUCACCGAAAUGAGGAAUGUUUCGACCUGAAAUAGCGUACCGAACGCCUAAUCCACAUGAGAGCUCUGGGAAAAGUUUCUUCUUGGAUUACACACUGAAUUAAGUUGGCUGGAAGCUGGAAAGGAAAAGAGAAUUGCAUCAAAUCCAAUGUCAUCAGAGGAUAAGAGUCUGGAUCCCUCUGACCAAGGACCAUCUCCUCCCCUGAGCAGUGCUGGGGCUACGCCCUCAGGGAGCCCGGCCCCCUCAGAUAAAUGCCCACGGGGCCAGCCGUGCAAAGAUGCUGCCUCUGUUACACCCAAGUCUAAAAGGAAGUAUGGCAGUCGAGGUAGAGCUCUGGCAGAUGAUGAUGACGACGACAGUAUGGACACCGCUGAAGUUACACCAACUCCAGACAUUGACAUCACACCAGACAUUGAUGUGGCGGAGACGGAAACUGAUGACGACUUUCCUGAUCCACUGGAUCUCAGUCCUAGAGACGAAAGGCCUCUGUCCCCGCUGUUCCAGCGCUACAUAUCAGAAGACUCUGCUGGCUCGUCCGCAUCCAACACCAGACAAACCAAAACUAGACAAAAGCUGUGUGCCUUCUGCUACUGUGGAGAGAAGAGUCUCUUAGGUCAGGGUGAGCUGAAGCUGUUUGGACCUACGCCUGGUUACGUCCCCCUGCACAUUCGGAACCGGCGUGGCAGCUCAGAGAAGGACGAUGAUUACCACGAUGAUGACAAUGACUUUGAUGACAAUGAUGACAACCGGUGCCUGGGGCAUCAAGGGACCGGUCUGAAAAAGGUCAGCUCGCCAGACAGUGGCCUGCACUCAACUUCAGCUCCCGGUAGUACAGACCCCGCUGCCGAGGAACCCGGCCGCAAGGUCUGGGAUGAGCUCGGCAAAAUCGGCCUUCCCGAUGACAUUAAUGUAGAGUCUUUGUUCGACCCAACUGGGCAGUGUUGCGCUCACCUGCGCUGUGCAGCGUGGUCGGAGGGUGUAUGCCGUGGGGAGGGACAGUCACUGCUGUAUGUGGACAAAGCAAUUGACUCAGGGAGCACAGAGUGCUGUGCAUACUGUAAGCGCCUUGGAGCCUCCAUAAAGUGCUGUGAGGAGAGCUGUGGGCGCUCUUAUCAUUACCCAUGUGCGGCUGCUGCCGGAAGCUUCCAGGACAUGAAGAGAUACACCCUUCUCUGCCCUGACCACAUACAACAAGCCCCCGCACGAUCAAAAGAUGAAGUAAUGUGUGUGGUGUGUGACAAUGCUGGAGAUGUGUUGGACCAGAUGUUCUGCUGUACAUGUGGUCAGCAUUACCACGGGACCUGUCUGGACAUCACAGUCACAGCGCUCAAGAGAUCAGGCUGGCAGUGCCCUGAGUGUAAAGUCUGCCUCACAUGCCAGAACCCAGGAGAUGACAGCCAGAUGUUGGUGUGUGACAUGUGUGAUAAAGGCUAUCAUACCUUCUGUCUGCAACCUGUCAUGGACUCGAUACCCACCAACGGCUGGAGGUGCAAGAACUGUCGGUCAUGUACUCAAUGUGGGCUGAGAUCCAGUGGUCAAUGGUCUUCUAAUGGUCUGCUGUGUGACGGAUGCCAGCAGCAGCAGCAGCAGCAGCAGCAGAAUCCAGCUCAGCUCUGCCUCAUCUGUGGACAGUAUCAAGAUACAGACGGCCCAUCAGACACUCACUGCUGCAGCACAUGCAAGAGAUGGGUUCAUGUGAACUGUGAGAGGCAGGAGGGUGAUGAACCUGAUGCCCAGGCGCAGAACGUUUACACCUGCAGUUUGUGUAAGCAGGAGGAGGAGGAGACGCAGCACUGUCAGCCCAUCAGCAGGCUGGAGGCGCUGAUUGCUGACCCAGAGCCAGUUGAGGAUGUCUUGGCUGUUGAGGAAGUUAAUGAGGGUGAAGAAGAAGUGACAUUGGAGUCAGAGCCCACUGUUAGUCCACUUCCUUCAGUUCCAGAAGAGUUUCUGUCAUCUGCUGAGCCUUCACAGGAAAUCCAGGUUACGGUCACACUGACAGAGGCUCCAGAGUCUCCUCCUUGCUCCUCCACUCUAGUUGGUGUACCCUCCCUUUCGUUUCAGGCCUCUACCACUACUGAAGGCCACGACGAGGAACACAAUCUCAUUGAUGGUUUGGAAAUGGGGAAGGAAAUAGUGGACACACUGCCUGAACCUACAGAAGAUAAACCUGGAGCGGACAUUUCAAAAACUCUUCCUGAUUUGCCAACCAAAGAAACAUCCCCCAAGCUUUCUCCAGCCCAAGAGGAGGAACCAAUGGACAUCUGUACAUCAGACCCCUCCAGGAUAAAGGAUAAAGGACUGGCGAAUGUCCCAAAAGCUCCAAGUGUAGUUGAGGAUAUCGAGCAGGGACGGAAGCAUGACCAGCAAGAAGACAAAGAGGAGAAGGUGGAAGAACCAGAGUUUACUUGUGUGUUACCUGAGUCUGGGAGUGUCCCACUGGUUACAGAGUGCAGUCCUACAGUGAAAAUGGAUACUACACCUACCAGUGACCACAGCCUCUCCAGCUUCAGCUCUCCGAUUGAGGAUGAGAGCAUGUUCUUAAAGCAUUCCCUGGGAUUGUCCUCUGAGGCUUCAACCAAGUUGACCCAGUCCCCGUUCUCUACAGAGGCCUCACCCAGGGAGGCGUCUCAAAGUCGGACACCAACCUAUGGCCUGAACCCUGCCGGAUAUAGCCUGAGUGUGUCCAACACUACCUUCAUCCCACUUACACCCAAAAUAGGUAUGGGGAAACCAGCCAUCUCGAAGAGGAAGUUCUCUCCAGGCAGGCCAAGGAUAAAGCAGGGUGCAUGGAGUAACCGUAGCGCAGUGAGCUCACCCUCCUUGUCUCCAGAGGGCAUGGAUGCCUGGGACAGCCCUAAGACCAGGCCGCUGCACGGGCUGCCCAUCUGGACUGUGAGAUUGGGUCGUGGAUCUGGCUUCCCUGGAAGGAGGCGACCCAGAGGAGCUAACCUGUCUGGUAGAGGAGGCAGAGGCCGCUCCAGGCUAAAGAUGGAGAGCAGCCCUGUGGUGACCCCUGGGGUGAACAUCAUGGAUUCACCAUAUGUGGUUAAAGAGGAGGAGGAGAACUCCAUGCACAACACCGUAGUGAUGUUCUCCACAUCUGACACCUUCACACUUAAACAAGAUAUGUGUGUUGUGUGUGGGAGUUUCGGUCUGGGUGCUGAAGGCAGACUGCUGGCUUGUUCCCAAUGCGGACAGUGUUACCACCCCUUCUGUGUCAACAUCAAGAUCACUAAGGUGGUGUUGAGUAAGGGCUGGCGCUGUCUGGAGUGUACGGUGUGUGAGGCAUGCGGGCAGGCCACUGAUCCCGGCCGUUUACUGCUCUGUGAUGACUGUGAUAUCAGCUAUCACACAUACUGCCUCGACCCACCACUGCAGAAUGUACCUAAAGGAAGCUGGAAGUGCAAGUGGUGUGUGUUGUGCAUUCAGUGUGGAUCAACGUCGCCCGGCCUGCGCUGUGAGUGGCAGAAUAACUACACACAGUGCGGCCCAUGCGCAAGUCUCAUCGUGUGUCCGGUGUGUACAAGUAGCUACAGAGAGAAAGAGCUCAUCUUACAGUGCCGGCAGUGUGACAGGUGGGUUCAUGCCGUAUGUCAGGGGCUGAACUCUGAUGAAGAGGUGGAGAGCGCAGCUGAUGAUGGUUUUGACUGCUCCCUAUGUAGAAUGCAUACCACGUCCACACCAGGUGGCACAGUGGCAAAGAUCACAGACAUCAGCGAACCUCCUUUACUAGCACAAAUUCAAACAAAAGUCAAGGAAAAUGACUUCCAGAGGACGUACACUCAGGACGGAGUGUGUCUCACUGAAUCCGGCUUGUGUCAGCUGCAGAGUCUGUGUGUGCAGACGGCCCGCCGCAGACGACCCAAACCCAAACUCAAGCUGAAGAUCAUUAAUCAGAACAGUGUGGCUGUACUGCAGACGCCCCCCGACCCACAGUCUGAGCUCUUCAGAGACGGAGAUGUGGAUGACAACAGAGAGGGCGACCCGAUGGACUGUGAUGUGAAAUCUGACUCCAGCCCGGAGCGUGAGCCCGGCGAUGACCUCCUGAAGGGGGCUGAUGGCGGCAACAGCGACAAGAAGAGGAAGAGGAAGCCGUACAGACCGGGUAUUGGUGGGUUUAUGGUGCGUCAGAGGAGCAAAGCAGGGCAGGGGAAAGGCAAGCGAUCCCUUGGUCGGAAAGACUCCACAAGAUCACUAAUGGAGAACUUUGUGGGGAAGGAGGAAGGCUGGAAUGAACCAGACACUCCUGUGGAUGAGACUCCAGUGUCUGAACCUCUGGAGAAAGUCAAGAAGAGAUACAGAAAGAAGAAAACAAAACUGGAGGAGGCAUUUCCCUCAUACCUACAGGAGGCGUUCUUUGGGAAAGAACUGCUGGAUAAAAGCAAGCAGAAUAAGAUUGCUCUGGAAACACGGCAUGCUGGGGAAGAAGCCAGGCGUACAGACAGCAAAUCGCAGAGCAGCAGCUUUCUGGACCAGUUAUCUAACCCGCUUCGGUGUGCCACUGCAAAUCCAGUCCCACCGAAAGCAAGGCCACUACCCGAUGUGCGGGAUCCAUUAGCGGCGCUGGUUCUGCAUUCCGAUGAUGAUCUGCUGGGAAUGCUGUCCGAUGACCUGGUCAAGCCAGGGCCUGAUUCAGGUCUUGAUAUAUGCCCUUUCCAGAUGGACAGUUCCCCUUAUCUGUUUGCUGGUCUGUACAUUGGCACCAUUCCAGAUGAUCAGUCAGCUCCCCCUCAUCCGGGCUCUGCUCGAGGGUCUCGACCACUACAGGAGGAACCACUAGAUGUCAUACUGAGCCCUGAACUAGACAAGAUGGUUUCUGAUGGGGCCAUUCUUAGUAAACUCUACAAAAUUCCAGAGCUGGAGGGGAAGGAUGUGGAGGAUUUGUUCACAGCAGUGCUCAGUCCAAGCACCAGCCAUGCUCCUCAGCUUCCUCAUCCACCCAACAAUGCUCCAGCCACAGCAAUGGCCCUCCAGAACCCAGGUAAUGUUGGAAUGUUCCCUCGUAUUCCUACAAUGAAUGGCAUGAUGGGGCCAAACGCCCACUUUCCUCCAAAACCUAUGUUGCCAGUAGCCGGUGUAUCUGGCUCGUUCUCUCCCGUUCAUCGUAUGCCUUUUCCAGAUGUGAUGGAGAAUAAAUUUAGCCAGAUGAGGGGUGAUGUGAUGGGUCCCUGGACUUCUCCUGUACCCAUGCCUGGGUCGGUUCAUCCACCAGAGGCAGAGGCUGACACCAUGUCAAAUGCUCAGAGGAGUACGCUGAAAUGGGAGAAAGAGGAAACACUUGAUGAAAUGGCUACCGUGGCUCCUGUUCUUUACACCAAUAUGAACUUCCCCAACCUUCGAGAUGAGUUUCCAGAUUGGGCAACUAGAGUGAAGCAAAUUGCAAAGUUAUGGAGGAAAGCCAGUUCUCAGGAAAGAGCUCCAUAUGUGCAAAAGGCACGAGACAACCGUGCAGCCCUUCGUAUAAACAAAGUCCAGCUGUCUAACGAUACAAUGAAAAGACAACAGCAGCAGCUGCAGCAGCAGCAGCCAGCUGAUCCCUUUGAUUCCAGCGUUGCCAUGGAUGCAGACCUGCUCUUCAAAGACCCACUGAAGCACAAGGAGUCUGAGCAUGAGCAAGAAUGGAAGUUUAGACAGCAAAUGAGACAAAAGAGCAAACAACAGGCCAAGAUUGAAGCCACUCAAAAGUUAGAGCAGGUUAAAAGUGAGCAGCAGCAGCUGCAGAAACAGCAACAACAGCAAUUUAGUGGGCAGUCUGUUGGAGACAGCCCUAAUAGUGGGAAUCAGAGUCCAAUGUCAACUCAGAUCAGCAGUGAAGGUAAUGCUUCUCCUAUGCAUGCAUUAACCCCCAAGGAUGGCUUUGCAAGGACCCAAAUCCCUGGAACACCAUCAUCAUGUGCAUCAACAGAUGAUGUAUUUUUGCGUCCCCAACUUCCACCCACUUCAACCGCAGCAAAGACCCCGACCCAGGAAACCCAGUACACACAGGGGUCCUCAUCUCAGCCUCAGUCUCCACAAAUGUUUUCACCUGAAUCGUCUGGUUCCCGUCCCUCUUCACCAUGGGAUCCAUAUGGGAAAAUGGUGGGAACUCCACGGCCUCCAACAUCUGGGUCCAGCACGCCCCGCAGAGGCUCUGUGUCCGACAUUCUAGAGAGGAGCCGGCCCUCACCGACCCAUGAAUCUUUUGGGUCUCCAACAUCUGACAGCAAUGACCCAUAUGCAAAGCCUCCAGACACACCUCGACCAUUAGACCCAUUUGUGAAACCUAUGGGUCCACCCAGACCUGGACCUGUAUCAGAGCAGCAUCAACAGCAACAAGGACGUCACUUGAUCAGUAAUGUUACACUAGGAGACAAUUUCUCCAGAACAGGACAAAGAUCAGAAGCAUACCAGCGCAUGGCCUAUAGCCGAAUGGUUCUCUCUGAUCCCUUUGCUAGGCCGCUGUUAACACCUAUUCCAGGGAGUAAUGAAUCUGGAUCUGUGCCUGUGUUCAAAACACCCAUGCCUCCUUCACACUCACAGCUAGACUUAUUUAAUGCAGGACAACAAGGCAUGAGAAGGGGGUCUUCUGACAUUUUCUCUCAUGUUCAACAGUCCGACCCUAACGCACAUCAUCAUCUCACUCCUCAUCCAUCAAUGGGAGAUGGUUUCAGUAAUGAGGGCAGAAUGCUGCAUCCACAUGGAAGUCCUUUCGCCCAAACAUUGCCCAUGAGAAGGCAUCCUCAGCGGGAUCCAUAUUCACAAGCACCAGCACCAUCAAGAACAGAUUUCCCUCAACAGAUGCUUGAUCCAUAUGCCCAGAUGCCUGGUACGACGAGACCCCAUGAUCCAUAUGACCAGAUGCCUGGUACCCCAAGACCACACUCUGAUCCAUACCCCAUGCCACCAUCCACACCUAGAACUGCAGCAAUUGAUCAGUUUCCUCAGUCGCAGUCUAAUUUUUGCAGACCAUCUCCUUCUCGUGCCUUUGAUCCAUAUGCACAGAUGCCUGGUACACCAAGGCCUUCACCCGUAGAGAGGUACCCUAAAUCCCUAGGUAGUCAGAGAACCCCAGAUCUCUACUUGCAGCCUCCUGGAACACCUAGGCCAGUCAAAAAUGACAUUUAUGACCAGCCAACAACACCAAGGCCAAUUCUCACCAAUCCAUAUUCCCGACCCCCUAGAACCCCACGUCCAGGGGCUGGCCCAGAGGACCUCCCCAGGCCAAAUCCUAGAUCAACCCUCAUGCCUCAUCAAACAGACCCAUUUGCUAAUCAAACACACAGCAGGAUGCAGGAAUUGUUUGCUCGUCCAUCUACCUCUGGUUCACAAACCCCUAAACAUCCAGGGAUUUCAGAUGAAGGUUUCUCCCUGGCACAGAUAAACUCUAACCAGACACCUGUUCAUGAUCCAUUUGAACAAGCUCCACUAACUCCAUGCUUACAUACUGGGGAAAUAUUGUCUCAUGAUGUUCCAACAAGCACAUUGGAUUCACGGAACACAAUGCAACCACCUCAUGGGGAUACCGAAGAGAAAAUUAAUCAGCGCCAAAGACUACGGCAAUUGAUUCUCAAACAACAGCUGCAGAAAACUGCCGUAAGACAGGAAAAUGGACUUCAGGAGGCAUCUGCCUCUCCUGCACCCGGGACACCACGUCAUUGGUCACAGGACGAUUCUGGACCUCAAAAUGAUAUGUAUGGCAGACCCCCACCUCCAUAUCCAGGCACUAUGAGUUCUUCACCAAUGCAGACAGGGCAGAGGUGUCCUAUAACUUUCCUUGGCGAUCAACGAGGGCACAUGCCUGAGGAAUCCCUGAGCUCCCGACCACCGUUUCCCAGGGACCUGAACAACAUGGGCAUGAGACCUCAAGGACAUAGGUUUGGAUUUCCUUCUUGUACCCCAAGUCAAAAGCAGUUUCUCAGGCACCCUCAUCAAAUUCAAGGUGGACCAGUGGUUGACAAUGCUCCACCACAUAUGAGAAGAUCUUUUUCAGUUGACCUAAUAAGGUCAAUGAGCAGUAACCAGCAAAUGGGUCUUCCCCAGCAUUUUCCACCACGUGGCCUUCCAAUGCAGCAACACAAUAUAAUGGGACAACCAUUUAUUGAGCUUCGUCAUAGAAUUCCAGAGAACAGAGUCAGACUACCUUUUGGGACACCUAAUGCUUUGAAUCAUCCUCAGAGACCCCCUUAUGGCUUAAUGGGAGGCCAAAAUAUGGCCUUUAUUGGAAACCAAGGUCCCAGAAUGAUGGAUCCAAUGUUGGGCCAGUCUCAACAAGGAUCAGUCAGUCACUUGCAAACACCAGCUAAUAUGGAGAUUCUGCAUCACCAGACAAAUACUUUAGUGCAUUCAGCUCCACAACAGACUCUAUUAGCAGCAUCAGUUUCAGUUGCUCCCACUCAACCUGCUCUAAUACCUGUGACCGCUUCUGGUCCAACAGAGGAGAUCCCAUUGCCUUGUGGUGCUGGUAUCGAGGAAAAGUUAGACACCGAUGACUCUGCUGUAAAGGAUCUUGAUGAUGUGGAGGUCAAAGACCUGGUUGAUGCAGACCUGGACAACCUGAACCUUGAUGCAGAUGAUGGCAAAGAUUUAGACCUGGAAACAAAUGACCUUCACCUUGACGAUCUUCUGGAAUCUGGAAAGUUUGAUCUUCUUGCUUAUGCAGAUCCUGAGCUGAACCUUGAUGACAAAAAAGACAUGUUUAAUGAGGAACUGGAUCUGAGUGAUCCCAUUGAAGAUGAUCAUGUGGAGACCUCAGACAUUCAGAAGGCUCUGUCUGAGAAAAGAAAUGCCAGAUGCGUAGGUAUGUCAUCGGAUCAACCUAAAUCAGAGGAUGUACAAGGUCCUAGCAAUGUGAAACUAGAAAAGAAUCUGCCAAAAGAUCUUGAUAAUCCUCAGACUGAAAGAACAAUUAAAACUGAGGGCCAUCAAGUGGACAACCAGGGGUCUUCUCUUAUUAGUGGUAAAGACGAUCGAGAUGGUGUCCCUGCCCUAUUUGAGGAGCCUUGUACAGAUGUACAUCCUGGUACUGCUCCAGUGCUUUCAAGCCUGUUGAUCAAGGAAAAACUGGAGGACACUAGGAGUAAGUCCAUAGUUUCUCCUCUACUCAGUGACCCUACUGCCCAGACUAAUCUUGGCCCAGGCAUCCAAUCAAACAUGGGUAUGGUGAUGCUGCAAGGACAACCCUCAGACCAUGGCAUAAACCCUGUAUUGACUAUGAACCACAGGGGGGACACAUCUCUUACUCAAGGGGCGCUGUUAUGUAACCCAAAUAUGAUGCAGUCUGGCAACCAUCAGGUUCCACUUCAAGGGUUUGGAGCCUUGCAGGGACAACAAGUUGAUCUGAACCUGCCCAUGGUUGGUGGUCAGCAGCCUGUUACCCAUCCUGUAAACCCCCAAACUCUACAGGGCAUGUUCACUGCUGGAGCUACAGGGCAACAAGUGUCUCAAGUUCAGCCAACUCAACAGAACCGGCCUCUUCUAUUAGAAGAGCAGCCCCUCCUUUUACAAGAUUUGCUGGAUCAAGAGAGACAGGAGCAGCAACAACAAAGGCAAAUGCAGGCCAUAAUUCAGCAACGGUCCAGUGACCCUUUUUUCCCUAACAUUGACAUUGAUACCAUUACUGACCCAAUCGUGAAGGCAAAGAUGGUGGCUCUGAAGGGGAUCAACAAAGUGAUGGUACAGAACAGUAUGGGUAUGACACCCAUGGUUAUGAACAGAGUUCAACAGAUGCCUGGAACUCAUGGUCCGGAUGCAGCUGGUUUCUCUCAGAAUUUAUUUGGACCGGAUGGAAAGUUGCCACCUCAGAUUGCUAGACCUAGCCCCCCUAACUUUGCACCAGGGUUUGUCAAUGAUUCUCAGAGGAAACAGUAUGAAGAGUGGCUUCAGGAAACUCAACAGCUUCUUCAAAUGCAGCAGAAGUUUCUAGAGGACCAGAUUGGGGCCCACAGGAAAUCUAAAAAGGCCCUUUCUACAAAACAGCGCACGGCCAAAAAAGCUGGUCGGGAGUUCCCAGAGGAGGAUGCCGAACAGCUGAAACAUGUGACUGAACAGCAAAGCAUGGUUCAAAAGCAGCUGGAACAGAUACGGAAGCAACAGAAGGAACAUUCUGAGCUCAUUGAAGAAUAUCGCGUUAAACAGCAACAACAGCAGCAACGCCUUCAACCUGGUGUGAUGGGUCCGAUGCAGGCCAUGCAAGGACAGGCACCUGGAAUGAUGCCUGAUGGACCUCCUAUUGGCCAGCCUAUGAUAGGUCCUAUGAUGCCGAUGCAGCAGUCCCACCUUGGUCAGCCUAAACCUCUUUGCUUGCCCAACUUACCAGGCUGGCGUCCAGGAGCUUCUGGACCAAUAGGACCCAGGAUGCCACCUCACAUGCCCCCUCAAAUGCAGCUUCCUAACCCUGCUCAAACUCUCCAGGCACAACCACCUAUGGUCCCUGGAGGUAAACCUGGGCAGCCUGGCAUUGUAGCUGGAGGUAAUGGUGUAGGAGCCAGUAGUGGUGCUCCUCACAUGAAGUUUGAUGAUAAUAAUCCAUUCAGUGAGGGUUUCCUGGAGCGGGAGCAUCGGGAACGCCUCCGAGAACAGCAAGAGAAGCAGCGGAUACAGCUUAUGCAGGAAGUUGAAAGGCAAAGGGCCUUGCAAAAGCUUGAGUUGGAGCAGCAGGGAUUGGGGAUUGGACCUGACAACAGCCGGGAUGGCCUUGCCCAGAUGCCCUUUUAUAAUACAGAUCUAUCGCAAGAGUUCAUUCAGACUCCUAGGCCUCAACAGCAACAACAGCAGAUGGGCCCAGUGUUUCCCCAGCAAGGAAAAAUGCCAUUAGACUUUGUGGGACCAGGUCCUGGUUUUAUGCAAGGUGACAAGUGCAGACCUAUGUAUUAUCAGACCAAGAACCCCAUGUUGCAUGGUUUCCCACCAGGUCAGCCUCGGCCACCUAGGUUUGGAGGGCCUGGAAUGCCGCCCCACAGUGGAGGUGAAGCUUCCUUGUUUGGUAUGGAUUCCACAACCCCCUUACCCCCGAACUACCCUGGUUCAGGACAGUCCCUCAUCCAACUCUACUCCAACAUCAUUCCUGAGGAGAAGGGCAAAAAGAAAAGAAACCGGAAGAAGAAAAAGGAUGUUGAUGCAGAUUCAGUCAAAACUCCUACACCUCACUUGGACCUCACCACCCCUCUUACACCAUGUGUAUCAGACACCUCGUCCACCCCUACACACAUUGUUGCCGUCUUGGGGGACCAGGACACCUCAGAGUUUUCCAAUCCUCUAGGCUCUAUGCCUGGCCUCCAGCCAUCUUCGGAGCUGGAAAACCAAAACUCUGGAGGAACUCCGCUGAGGCAGCAGUGCAGCAUGGGCUCGGAGGCAGAGAGAGGGCUUUUCCAUGAGGUCAAGCUGGAGAAGUUAGAGGCCAGUGAGUGCCAGAAGGCUGAAAAAGAGGCAGUACUUGGCCAUAGUGCAGGGGAAGGUGGUAUUGUAAAGACAGAAGUGGGUCAUGAAGUCAUCUCCCCCAGCCCAACAUCCCAGAGUCCAGCUCAGAGCACCAAAGGAGACACUGGGAAUGAGUUGCUCAAACAUCUCCUGAAGAACAAGAGCACACCUCCUCCCUCCUCAACACCUGUCACACAUUAUAUGUCCUUUGACAGUAUAAGAUCAGAGGAUAAGGGCCUGGCCAACAGCAAAGUCUCUGAAAGACUUGGAAGUAUAGAUUCUUUGAGUGGCAUAAACUGUCAGUUGACUGUAAACGCAGAUCUGGAGGUAUCUCUACCAGAGCAAUGCAAGAGAAAACAACGCAACAAGAGGACGUCAAAGAGUGGGAAUGAGAAGGCUCCGUCACGCUGGAAAAAGAGGAAGAAGGAGGAUGAAGAGAGGCAGGCACUGUACACCAGCACAGAUACACUAAUGACUCAACUCAAAGAGCAGCUCUCUAUGCUCCCUCUGAUGGAGCCUGUGAUCAGGGUGAACUUUGCACACUUUCCCCUCUACGGCAGCAGGCAGCUGAAUGGAGAGAACCGCCUGUCUGGAUCUUUUGGAAGUGCAUCACUGGACGGAGUAUCUGAUUACUACUCACAGAUCAUCUAUAAGCAGAACAAUCUCAGCAAUCCCCCAACACCACCUGCUUCAUUGCCCCCCACACCACCCCCUGUGGUCAGACAGAAGCUGUUGAAUGGCUUUGCCACUGUGGAGGAACUGGCCAGGAAGGCUGAAUUUAUGGGUGAAAAUGAGGUUUCUAAAACCUUGGGUCAGAAGCCACUCACGGCAUUCACAGGUGAAGAUGUCCUACUGGGUCACACCAUCACUCAUGGCCCCAAGACUGUUGACGUUCCUGCGUCCCUCCCCACUCCACCUCACAACAACCAGGAGGAACUCCGGGGUCAAGAGCAUUGUGUUGACAGGGACAGCCCAGACAGCUUUGUCCCAUCAUCCUCUCCUGAGAGUGUGGUUUGCAUGGAGAUCAGCCGUUAUCCAGAUCUCUCAAGAGUUAAAGAGGAGCCACCAUCCCCUGCUGUCUCUCCAGUUAUCCCCAUGCUGCCUAGUGCCAGUGGUAAAGGCUCUGAAGCCACGCAAUGGAAAGUCAAGACUGAGCCACCCAGCACUUUCUUUGAGUUUGGCCAGCUGCCCACCUGCUCAAGAACUGACCUGGUGCCUUUAGCCAUUUCUCUGAACCCAGUGGCUGCACAGAACAUUCAAGGGGUGAUGUCGGCACUGGCCAACAUACUAUGCGUGUCAAUCCCAGGCAGCUAUGAGGUGAUCCGCUCUCCAGGCCCAGAGCAGCGAGGCUCAGUAGAAAUGCUCUCUGGACUGAAGGUCCCUCCUCAAACUGCCCUGUUCAACCAGCAACCUGGAAUGAGGCUCAAUAGGCUUCCAGGUGCCCCAGUACCCCAUCAAACAUUCAGUGAGGGUUCAGUUGUGAUCAGACCAGACUAUCAGAUGGGUGGAUGCAUUCCAGGGUCUAAACCGCAGUGGUGCUCCCACUGCAAGGUGGUGGUGCUUGGAAGUGGGGUCCACAAGUCCAUCAAAAACCUUCCCAUAAAUAUGCAGGGCCAUGGAGGAGCUGAGGGGAGCCUGGUCUUCUGCAGUCAUAAUUGCUUUGUUCUCUAUUCAGCUGCCAUGCAGACUAAACUUUUACACAGCAAGCCAAACAUGCCUCUUAUGUCUGACUCUGAGGACAAGCAGAGUCCUGCCAAGGUGCUCCAUCAAUACAGUAACAACAUAUCUGAUCUGGAUGUGCACUGUUUGGCCCAGCUGCAGCCCAAGCAGUCUCUAUCCCCAACUCCACCAAUAUCCUUCCCCUCUAUCACUUCUGAAACAUUCAGAGGAGAUGCCAAAUCUGAUGCUCUGAAGGUUACGGUCAAACUGAAGCCUCAGCCUCGAGCGGUGCACAACGGUGGGGAUGACCCUUGGCAUUUGUCAGGAAAGCGUAGGAAGGCUGUGCGUUGGAGGAAGUGGAGUGUUCAAAUUGUGGUGCCUAAGGGUAACUACCACCUGCCGGUGGAGGAAGAGGUGGAUGAUCUGCUGAAGAAACUUGGGAUGUUUCUUAGAGCUGAACCCAUGCCCAAAGACACACGCCGCUGCUGUUUCUGCCACGUAGAAGGAGAUGGGCUCACUGACGGGCCGGCCCGACUCCUCAACCUCGAUCUGGACUUGUGGGUGCACCUGAACUGUGCCCUCUGGUCCACUGAAGUCUACGAGACCCAGGCCGGGGCACUCAUAAACGUAGAGCUGGCCUUAAGAAGAGGCCUAUCAGUGCGCUGUGCGUACUGCCAACAAACAGGUGCAACAAGCGGAUGUCAGCGCUUGCGCUGUACCAAUGCAUACCAUUUUACUUGUGCCCUUAAAGCACAGUGCACAUUCUUCAAAGACAAAACCAUGCUGUGCCACCUGCACAGACCCAGAGGAACUGGCUCAUUCGGAGGUGGGCUGUCAGGGACCGAGUAUGAACUACGCUGCUUUGCCGUGUUCCGUCGGGUUUACGUGCAAAGGGACGAAACGCGGCAGAUCGCCAGCAUAAUUCAGAGGGGUGAGCGGGAACACACCUUCCGUGUGGGUAGCCUUGUAUUCCAUUCGGUGGGUCAGCUGCUCCCGCAGCAGAUGCAGGACUUCCACUCAACUACUGCCAUUUUUCCUGUGGGCUACGAGGCCAGCCGCAUCUACUGGAGCAUGCGGCACGGCAACCGUCGUUGCCACUAUGUGUGUUCUAUUGACGAGAAAGAUGGGGAGCCUGAGUUUAUCAUCCGUGUCGUGGAGCAGGGUUACGAUGACCUGGUGCUCACUGGCGCCUCACCAAAAGGUGUGUGGGAUAAGGUUUUGGAGCCAGUGGCAGACAGAAGGAACGAAACAGGUUUACUGAAGCUCUUCCCAGUUUACCUGAAGGGAGAGGACCUGUUUGGACUGACUGUAUCCGCUGUUACCAGAAUUGUGGAAUCUCUUCCUGGAGUUGAGGCGUGUGAGCAUUACACAUUCCGUUAUGGCUGUAACCCUCUAAUGCAGCUACCUUUGGCUAUCAACCCCUCCGGAUGUGCCCGCUCUGAACCAAAAGCAUGCACACAUGUCAAGAGGCCUCACACUUUGACCAGCAGUAGCAGCUUUUCCAAGGCCCUGCAGAGCCCUGGGAAUCCAGCUGAGAUGGGUAUGGCUCUAUACAGCAAACAGUUUGUCUAUUCCAAAUCCUCACAGUACCGCCGCAUGAAGGCUGAGUGGAAGUCCAACGUCUACCUGGCCCGCUCACGUAUUCAGGGUUUGGGGCUGUAUGCUGCUAGGGACAUUGAAAAAUACACUAUGGUGAUUGAAUACAUUGGUAGUAUCAUUCGCAAUGAGGUAGCAAACAGGAAAGAGAAGAUGUAUGAGGCACAGAAUCGUGGAGUCUAUAUGUUCCGCAUCGAUAGUGAGUAUGUCAUUGAUGCAACAAUUACUGGAGGACCUGCAAGGUACAUCAACCACUCCUGCGCACCCAACUGCAUUACUGAGGUUGUAACCUUGGAGAGAGAUCACAAAAUCGUCAUCAGUUCCAACCGCCGAAUCCAGCGAGGUGAAGAGUUGUGUUAUGACUACAAAUUUGAUCUGGAAGACGAUCAACACAAAAUUCCUUGUCACUGUGGUGCCGUAAACUGCCGGAAAUGGAUGAACUAAACCUAAGAUAUCAGAGAAAUGAUGGAAAAAUGAACCAAUAUUCAUUCCUUGUUUUUUGUCUUGGCCCAUUUAGAAACUGGAAACAUUUUAUUACUUAAAUUCUUAAGAAGAAAAUCUAGAAAUCAACAAACUAAAAUAUGUUGUUUGGAUAGGAUUUACACCGCAGAACUGUUUGGAGUUUUACCUGCGUUUUAGAAAGUAAAAUGACUCCGGGGGUAUCUUUUAGUUCAGUGGCGGGAGAGUUGGUAGUUUAUGAAUGAGCACCUUCACCUAAAAUAAAAUACAGGCUGCACACUGGUUACUCUGAAUUGCAAAGACAAUGUAAAUGUUUUUUUGUUUUUUCUGUACGAGAUGCGAUGAAGCGCCCUGGCAGACAGCGAGAGAUUUUCAAGUGAGCUCAGGCUUGAAAGUGCUGGCCACAGCCUUAUUUAGAUAUUAAGAGGCAGGUCCUCUGGGUAAAGAAAUAUAUAUACAGAUAUAUACACAUAUAGUUACAGAAAUGUAGACACCACUGAACAAGGAAUGUACUGAGAUGACUUCCUUAAGGAUAAAGCUAAUGGAAUUAUUAACUUGCACUAAAACAAAAAGAUACAGUUGAAAUACUUGAUUCCAUGAGUCAGUUUAUUUUUUCCUUUGUUUUGAUUUCUGUAAAAUAAGAUAAAGCUUUUGUAUUUAUUAUUGAUUGAAGCUAUUUUUAAAAAAAAUUGGAGUUGCAGAUAGUUGGGAUGCUCGGAAAGCCUGCCGAUUGGACAGAACAUGUUACUUUAUACGAUGUGCAAAUAUCUGUCUAUAAAUUAAAGAUUUUAAAUACUCUACCAAAUGUUACCUUAACUUUAUCAUAGCUGUCUGGGUGAUCUUUUGUUUGUUUUCAACAAAGUGGGGAAAAAACUAAGAAAAAAGUAUUUAAAGAGGAUAUCACAAUAUAAUUUAGAGAGUAUAUGUGUUGUAUAAAUUUGUACAGAAUCUGUGAAAAAAAAUCUAAAUAAUUCAGAGUAUUUUCGUUUUAUUUAGAAUUUAGAAUCAAUAUUGUCUAAAAUGAUGUGACCACUUGAAGAAUACCCUUUGCUUACUUUUUUUAAUCUAUUUUCUCAAUCUAAAUGAGCACCAGUCAUGCUGAAAUGAUUGUGACAUUGUAACUCUGAUCAUCAGAUUUGUGUGCGCGCUGUGAAUUUCUAUUUGAAUCCAACCAUUAUCUACAGAUAGUUUCCAUUAGCAAGUAUGAGAUGUUAUUAAUGCUCCACAGCAUAGAAACUCACCUUCAGAACUUCAGAGAAGUUCAAUGCCUUUCACAUUCACAAAAUGCAAUGCGUUGAUGUUAAAAAAAUGUAAGGUAUGAUUCUUUCUUGUUUACAGUUAUAGAAGACUUUUUCUUGUGUUGAUUUGUUGAAAAAUACAAAUGGUAUGAAAUCACAAACUCAACUCUGAAAUAAUUUAAAGCCUGCUAAUGGCACUUUGCAGACCAGUUUGAAAUGACGUUUUUCAUGUGCACAGCUAACGUGGACUACAAUUGUUGAUAUUCUUAAACAGUCCUUGGCUUGUAACAUACAAGGCAUGAUGUAUUUUUUCAACUUUGAAAUGAAUCAGUUGUACAUAUUUUCUCAAUGACUGGCUGUAAUUAAAUUUGUUUCUUGGAAAUCUUUUUCCCCCCUUGUACAAUAUUCAGACAUUUAACAGUAUUUGUCUUUUACUUUGUCCUGUAUAGUAGUACC